AUGUCUGACGCCGAAGUCUACGUGCGGCUCUUCUAUCAAGGCAUGAGCAUCCUCGUGCCCAUGUCCUUCGUGCUGAACAAACACCCCGGCGGCGCGGAGUACAUCCUGCAGUACGCGAAUCAAAACAUCACGCGUAUCUUUGACGAGAUGAACCACUCCACCGGCGCGCGCGCCUUGCUGAAGACCUUCGAAGAGAAGGCCGAGGACCAGGGGAAGGAGAUCUACCACGCGGAGAAAAGCAAGCAGUGGUUGAAGGACUCGCCGAUCGUCAAUGAGGAGCACCGCUGCCUUGCGGAGGUGAGUCGGUGGCGCCAACGGAGCCUCUUGGUGACGGUGGCAACUACGCUCGCGGCGAUGGGUGUAGCCGCUUUCGCUUUCCGCCGGCAUCUCCAGCGUUCGUGA